UCCAGGAUGUCUCAGUUCACAGAUGAGCCUCGCUUCACCAUCGAGCAGAUUGACCUGCUCCAGCGGCUGAGGAGGACGGGCAUGACCAAGCCAGAGAUCCUCCACGCCCUGGACACCCUGGACAGACUGGACCGCCAGCACGGACACAAGUUUGGACGCCGUCCCCAGACGCAGCCCCAGCCUGCCGAUCAGGGACCGACGUCCAACAGCAAUGCUAAUACGAUGUCUUCUUCCUCGUCCAAUAACGUUGUGGCGUCCUCAUCGACGUCUACGACCGCCACACAGACUGGUUACCGGGGGAAUGGGAGUGGUGAGAGUGGUCUGUCGCCGUCACCUAGCAACAACUAUGAUAUGUCACCGCCCCCUCUGGCGGUUGUAUCUGCCCCUGUUGCUAUGGCAGCUGUGGCUCAGAACGGGUGUGGGGUUGGUGGCGGUGGCGAGAUGGUUCCCAUGACGAACGGAAAGCUGUCUCCACCACGGUUUCCUGUCAGUGCGGUUAGUGGUGGUGUGACGGGGAGAGGCUACGGGUUUGAGGCCAGCGAGGAGGAACUAGACGUGGACGACAAAGUGGAGGAACUCAUGAGGUGAGGAGGAGUAACCUGAGUCUGAUGCCGAGUUCACGUGCUAGUCGGAAAUAGGAAACUCUGACAUUUCCGAUUAGGAAACUCUUUGAGCUCAGAGUUUCCCUCUUGAAAGUACCAGAAUCAACCAAUAGGAAGCUCUACCCAAAUAACAAAUAAGAUCUAGAUGGUAGUCAAUAGGCACAAAAUGGGAACCAAACUAACAACCUUUUGUACUACCUGAACGUGUCUAAUAAUUUUUGUUUUCGGUUUUGAAAAUGUUUGUUUGUUCUGAGCUAGACCCCCAGGCCGAGUUGAAUGAGUUAGGUGACCCCUGUCUAAACACAGACACCAUAUCACACACUGACAAAGCCAAUGCUUUUCACAUGAAAAAAUUGAAAAUAUGACUGGAAUGGGAUUUACUUAAAAAUAUGACUUUUAUUUUCCAUAACUAUAAUAAAUACAUAGACUUGAAACAGGCAGAGUUAAAAUUGCUAUAAACAAAUAUAAAAGUCAAAUGGAGAGGAGGUGUAAAAGAUGCAAACACUCCUCACAUCAUCUUUGCCUAAACUGAAAACCAUGUGCCUCUCCCACACCUUUAACCACCUGCCCAUAAUUAGCAGGCCAAAUUAGUGGGAGGGCAGUCAGUUAUCAAUUAACCAAUGCCUGUCCAAAAACACAUGAACACACAAUACAUUAUUCAAUUGACUUUUUGGGUUGAAGUGGUUGGAAAGAUAUCAACAAUAAAUUGAAUAUGAAUAAUGGAAUAUAAGCAGGUAACGUUCACAAAUACAAUUAAAAUAUGGGAUCUCAUCCACACACACGUGUCCUGUCAACCAUGCAGCUGCUCUUUUGUAGUGUGUGUGUGCCCAGUGAGCAGUGGUAAAGGCAGUAUUGAUUAGAUGGAGUGAUGAAAAUGAAAUGGAAGGAGAGAAAAGUAGUGGUGGAUUUCUGGCAGCUCAGUGCUGACUGAUUCUCCCUCACGUUCUCCAUGAAGGGGAAUCAAUAUAAAUGUAAAUGAGAAGGCAGUGUAUCGACAGAAAGAAGAAAGACUGCACUCCGCUCUCUCUCCCUCUCCGCCUUGCUCUCUCUCCCUCUCCGCCUCGCUCUCUCCUUCUCCGUCUCGCUCUCUCCUUCUCCGUCUCGCUCUCUCUCCCUCUCAGUCUCGCUCUCUCUCCGUCUCCCUCUCUCUCCCUCUCCGUCUCGCUCUCUCUCCUUCUCCGUCUCACUCUCUCUCCCUCUCCGUCUCGCUCUCUCUCCCUCUCCGUCUCGCUCUCUCUCCUUCUCCGUCUCACUAGCUCUCUCCUUCUCCGUCUCGCUCUCUCUCCCUCUCCGUCUCACUAGCUCUCUCUCCCUCUCACUUUGUCUUGCUCUCUGUCUGCUUUUGUCACAUUCACUCUUUCCGUCUGACAAUCACAUACAGCGGCACUUGGUCACACUGGCUGGUACACACAGACACACACACAUAUAGACACACCCCUAUUCUCCUUGCUUUUCCUCAACCCCUCAUAUUUCCCUUUUGAUUGUCUCUUUGCUUCCUCGCCAACUCCAUUGUACUUGCCGAUCAUAUCUCCCUCUAUCCAUGGCUUAUCCUCUUUCUCUCCAUUUCUCUCGCUCUUUCCACAGACAUCUCACACUUCCUCACUCGUCCCUCUUUCCAUCUUCCUAGCAAAAGGAACAAUGCUCUUUCUUUUCUCUCUUUCCUCCCUUACACUCACCACCUCUCUCUCUCUCUCUCUCUCUCUCUCUAGAAGGGACAGUGCCAUAAUCAAGGAGGAGAUCAAGGUGUUCCUGGGGAACAGGCGCAUCUCUCAGGCCGUGGUGGCUCAGGUCACAGGUCAGUAUGCCCCCUUGUGGCUAAUACAGCACACUACAUAUGGCACUUGACUGUGGGAGUGGAACUGUGGUCACUUUAUUGUUCGUGUGGAUGUAAUGAGAAACCGCAAGUACUUCAUCCACUGUAUAUAUGCACUGGCAAGGUAAUGAAUCUCGCUCUCUCGUUGUCUGUCUGUCUUUCUAUCUCACUUCCUCUCUCUCCAUUUUCACUCCCUUGCUCCCCCUCUCUCCAGGUAUCAGUCAGAGUCGUAUCUCCCACUGGCUGCUCCAGCAGGGCUCGGACCUCAGUGAACAGAAGAAGAGGGCCUUCUACCGCUGGUAUCAGUUGGAGAAGACCACCCCCGGUAAUGCCCACCACCACCACCCCCAUGCCCAGCCCCCCGCCCAGUCCCACCAUGCCCCCCACCUCCACCUCCUCCACCCCCUGGCAGACCCCCUCCUGAGCCCCCCUGACCCCCCCACUGUCAGCCUCUACCCAUCUGUCCAGUCCCUCUUCAGUUGUUCCACUCGUUCCAUCCACUAUUAGAGGACUCUCUCAGACCCUGCCCAAACUAGAGAGGGCAGAAGGGGUUAUAUGAUGAGAGCUGAUGUUCUAUGAACUAUUUGUUGACAUUCUAGGGCUAGAAAAUUGUGAUGGCCCUUCCAAAUCCACCCUACAGUGCCUUGCAAAAGUAUUCAUCCCCCUUGGCGUUUUUCCUAUUUUGUUGCAUUACAACCUGUAAUUUAAAUUGAUUUUUAUUUGGAUUUCAUGUAAUGGACAUACACACAAUAGUCCAAAUUGGUGAAAUGAAAAAAUACAACUUUAUUAUAAACAAUUAAUAACGGAAAAGUGGUGCGUGCAUAUGUAUUCACCCCCUUCGCUAUGAAGCCACUAAAUAAGAUCUUGUGCAACCAAUUACCUUCAAAAGUCACAUAAUUAGUUGAAUAAAGUCCACCUGUGUGCAAUCUAAGUGUCACAUGAUCUCAGUAUAUAUACACCUGUUCUGAAAGGCCCCAGAGUCUGCAACACAACUAAGCAAGGGGCAACACCAAGCAAGCGGCACCAUGAAGACCAAGGAGCUCUCCAAACAGGUCAGGGACAAAGUUGUGGAGAAGUACUGAUCAGGGUUGGGAUAUAAAAAGAAAUAUCUGAAAUGUUGAACAUCCCACGGAGCACCAUUUAAAUCCAUUAUUAAAAAAUGGAAAGAAUAUGGCACCACAACAAACCUGCCAAGAGAGGGCCGCCCACCAAAAAUCACAGAUCAGGCAAGGAGGGCAUUAAUCAGAGAGGCAACAAAGAGACCAAAGAUAACCCUGAAGGAGCUGCAAAGCUCCACAGCAGAGAUUGGAGUAUCUGUCCGUAGGACCACUUUAAGCCGUACACUCCACAGAGCUGGGCUUUACGGAAGAGUGGCCAGAAAAAAAGCCUUUGCUUAAAGAAAAAAAAUAAGCAAACACGUUUGGUGUUCACCAAAAGGCAUGUGGGAGACUCCCCAAACAUAUGGAAGAAGGUGCUCUGGUCAAAUGAGACUAAAAUUGAGCUUUUUGGCCAUCAAGGAAAACGCUAUGUCUGGCGCGAACCCAACACCUCUCAUCACCCCGAGAACACCAUCCCCACAGUGAAGCAUGGUGGUGGCAGCAUGUGGGGAUGUUUUUCAUCGGCAGGGACUGGGAAACUGGUCAGAAUUGAAGGAAUGAUGGAUGGCGCUAAAUACAGGGAAAUUCUUGAGGGAAACCUGUUUGUCUUCCAGAGAUUUGAGACUAGGACGGAGGUUCACCUUCCAGCAGGACAAUGACCCUAAGCAUACUGCUAAAGCAACACUUGAGUGGUUUAAGGGAAAACUCUUGGGACAAUGUCUUGGAAUGGCCUAGUCAAAGCCCAGACCUCAAUCCAAUUGAGAAUCUGUGGUAUGACUUAAAGAUUGCUGUACACCAGCGGAACCCAUCCAACUUGAAGGAGCUGGAGCAGUUUUGCCUUGAAGAAUGGGCAAAAAUCCCAGUGGCUAGAUGUGCCAAGCUUAUAGAGACAUACUCCAAGAGACUUGCAGCUGCAGAAGGUGGCUCUACAAAGUAUUGACUUUGGGGGGGUGAAUAGUUAUGCAUGCUCAAGUUCUUUUUUUUGGUCUUAUUUCUAAUUUGUUUCACAUUUUUGUAUUUUGCAUCUUCAAAGUGCUAGGCAUGUUGUGUAAAUCAAAUGAUACAAACCCCCCAACAAAUCCAUAUUAAUUCCAGGUUGUAAGGCAACAAAAUAGAAAAAAUGCCAUGGGGGGUGAAUACUUUCGCAAGCCACUGUAUGUAUCCCUGAACUGUUAUUUUGGCCCAAUAUAAUGCACUUUUCUAGGGGGCACUCAUGCCAAAUCGGAGUGUUUGUUUGUAGUCACUACAUGUGACUACACUACCCACAUGCCCUCUUGUGCCCCCUCAUUUUCAAUGGGCAUACAGUGCCUUGCAAAAGUAUUCAGACCCCUUGGAUUUCUUCGCCUUUUAUUGUGUUACAAAGUGGGAUUAACAUUUAUUUAAUUGUCAAUUUAUGUCAACAAUCUACUCAAAGUUUUUGUUUAACAUUAAUAAAAAAUGAGAACUACAAUAUAGUUGUUGCAUAAGUAUUCAGUCCCUUUGUUUGGACAAGCCUAAAUUAAUGACUUAAAUGACAGAGUGAAAAGAAGAAUGGAAAUAUACAGAAUAAAAAAAGAUUCCAAAACAUGCAUCUUGUAUGCAACAAGGCACUAAAGUAAUACUGCAAAAAAGCAUGGCAAAAGAAUACACUUGUUGGCCUAAAUGCAAAGCCUUAUGUUUGGGGCAAAUCCAACACCACAUUACUGAGUAACUCCCUCCUUAUUUUCAAACAUGGUGGUUGGUGGCGGCAUCAUGGUAUGGAUAAGCUUGACAUCGGCAAAUACUGGAGUUUUUCAGGGUAAAAAGAAACGGGAUGGAGCUAAGUACAGGCAAAAUCCUAGAGGAGAACCUGCUUCAGUCUGGGAGAGGUAAUUCCCAUUUCAGCAGGACAAUAACCUACAACACAAGGUCAAAUCUACACUGGAGUUGCUUACCAAGAAGACAGGGAAUGUUCCUGAGUGGCCAAGUUACAGUUUUGACCGAAAUCUGCUUGAAAAUCUAUGGCAAGACUUAAAUUGCUGUCUAUCCAUGAUCCCCAACAUCUUGACAGAGCUUGAAUAAUUAUGAAAAGAAUAAUGGGCUAAAAUGGCCCAAUCCAGGUGUGUAAAGCUCUUUGAGAAUUACCCAAGAAGACUGAGGGCUGUAAUCGCUGCCAAAGGUGUUUCUAACAUGUAUUGACUCAGGGUGCUGAAUACUUAUGCAACGACUAUAUUUUAGUUAUUUAAUUUCGAUCAAUCUUUAAAAUGUAAUUGACAUUAGAGUAUUUUGUGUGAUUGUUGACAAAAAUUGCAAUUAAAUCUAUUUUAAUCCCACUUUGUAACACAAUAAAAAUUUGAAGAAAUCCAAAGGGUAUGAAUACUUUUUCAAGGCACUGUAGCUACUCUGCAGACACGCCCCAUGCAGUAUUGAAGCCUCUCCCCCAAAAUGUUCCAUUCAGUACUUGUCCCGCCCAACUCCCUGAGCUGUUACGUCACAUUUCGAACCCCCCUACAACCUGUUUCUGCCCCCACAACCCCAUUGUCUGUCUGACUCCAUCCUGUGUCCAGAUGUGUCACGUCCCAUUUCCCGUGUUCCUCCCUACCCUCUGGGCACAGCAGCCAAUAAGCUAUCACAGCCACGAUUAUUAAAAUACUCAUUAUUGGCUGGUGUAUAAUGAGUAGUAGUAGAACUUGUAGUUGUAUCGCUAAGGUGUCGCUAAGACAAUUGAGUAGAAAUGUAAAGUGCUUUAAGCACUGUAUAAACCUCAUUAAUACGUUAUUAUGAUGACUAUACCUAGGCCUUAAAGAGUACUGGUGUCUGACUGUAUAACUAUGGUGAAAAACGGAUUUUUAAUAAAAAGCAAACUUGUGAAAUCACACCGGCCUCACCUCUGUCUGUGUGGAGGGGAGGGUGGAGUGACGCGCCCUGGUGGACUGUGUAUGUUACAGCACCUAUAGACUACCACUGUACUAGCUACAUACUGCAUGGCUAUUCACAUCCGGGCCUCCAGCUCUGCAGUACUGCAGGUUGUUCUUCUUUCUCUUUAGUCGUUAAUUAAUUGAUUGAUUUGAUUGUCCCAAGAGUCCACUCGAAGGUCUGAAUCAGUCCCUGGUUAAAGGGGAAGACUGAAAACCAGCAGUGGUGUGGAACUCUAGGCCCAGAUUUGAAAACAGUUGAUCUAUGUUGAAUACAUCUAUCUCGAUCGGGGACCAAUUUCACGCAACAAAAAUGUAAUUUGUUAUUUAUUUUAGGAACUCAGUCGGGGUCUCAACUUACUGAGAAUUAGAAUAAUAGAAUACACAAGGUGCAAUUUCAAAAUGUGGUUGAGCAUCAGCAGUCACUCAAUUAGCCCAUGUCAGCUAAAUGCUUUUAGAUUGGUAAAUUAGUCUAGCGGCCAGCUAUCUAAACUUGUAGUAAGCAUGGUCAAAUUACAGACCGGGUUGGGGCCCAUUGAUCAUCAGUUAUCAUAUUAAAAACUGCAAACAUUUGCCUCCACCCUAUGGCAAAAUGUGUAGAAUUGCAGGAAAUUAGCUGUAAAACUGCUCAUUGUUCUGUUUUUUUUGUGGCCCCCCCAUCAAAGUUGCCCAUCCCUGAUCUAGACAGCAUAUUUCAACAUUACGUUAGUUACAAUCAAAGGCAUGUAUAAAUGUGAGUCAUAUAGAAUAGAGUCAGAAAAAUACGUAGGUUCUAGUCCCAGGAAGCACAAGUAGCAUUCAGGAUGUUUGUCUUUUUAAAACAUGCUAAGCAGGAACAUCCAUUGACUGUUAUGAGUUUCAACAUCUUUAUAUAGACACAGUCCCAAUCCACCUCUCCCUACAUCUCUACAUUUAUAAUCAGAAUGCUGUGUGUGUGUUACAAUUAUAGGCUGUAUAUAAGGAUUACAGCCAUCCAUCAGCAUUCAUUGUUCAUUAGGUUAGUGCUCUGUUGCUGUGGAUCUAUGCCAAAAACACUACCGCUCUUUGUAUAAAUGAGUCCAUAUUUCCAUACACGCACACCACAGUCGCAAUAUAACACUCUUAAUUCUUCUAUAAAAUAAGGUGCUGAAUCCUUUAUAAAUGCACUCAAUCAACAACUAAAGGACAGCACUCUCCAAAUAGUAGAUCUCUGAUGUUCACUCGAUACAACCUUUGUUACAUGAGGGUUACAUCAUGGCUGUGUCUCCAUGGUUACAUCAUGGUUGUGUCUCCAUGGUGACAUCACGGUUGUGUCUACAGGUGCCACUCUGACGAUGCGGCCCGCCCCCAUGUCUCUGGAGGAUGUGGUUGAGUGGCGGCAGACUCUGCCCCCUAUAAGCUCCACCCCCGGGAGCUUCCGUCUGCGCCGAGGCAGUCGCUUCACCUGGAGGAAAGAAUGUCUGGCUGUGAUGGAGAGGUGAGGAGGAGGAGAGAGAGAAAGAGUAGUGAUGGGGAGAGAGUUGAGGAGGAGGGAGGGAGGCAGAUUUGGUGAGUUAUUGUUGUAAUCUAGAUAAAGGCUGAGAGAUUGGGGAAAGCAGCAAACUUGCCAUUACACUUGGAGGAAAGUGAAUGUUGCGUAAUAAAUUAUGUUGUGGUUAUGUGUUAUUUUCCAGUUACUUCAAUGACAACCAGUACCCUGAUGAAGCUAAAAGAGAGGAGAUCGCUAACGCCUGCAACGCUGUCAUCCAGAAACCAGGUGAGAACCAGCAGGAGGAAACAUGGAGAAACGAAAGAGGUACAUACUUAUAUUGAAUAUUAAUUAUGGAGUAAGAACACAUUUAACACUGAGUAUGCUCUGUGUCUGUGUGUGCAGGGAAAAAGCUGUCUGAUCUGGAGAAAGUCACGUCUCUGAAGGUCUACAACUGGUUCGCCAACCGCCGCAAGGAGAUCAAGAGACGCGCCAACAUAGGUAACGUUUACGCCCCCUCUGGGGGUGUCGAGUGAGUGUGUAUGAGAGAGUGAGUGCGAGAGAGAGUUGAGUGUAUGCGAGAGAAAGAGUCUGUAUGUGAGUGUGUGUGCAUAGAGCUCAGAUGUGUUAUGGAGAAGUUUGUUUUUUUCGAAGAAGCAGCAAUCCUGGAGAGCCAUGGGAUCGACGUCCAGAGUCCUGGAGGACACUCCAACAGCGAUGACAUUGACGGGAAUGACUUCCCUGACCAGGUAACCACCCCUAAGAAGGUGGAAUGGGCCAGUCCUUUGCAAAUUGUGUAGUAUCUGGCAGCCAAGACAUCCUACCUUUUUAUAGGGGUGCUCUAUGAUACACAUGAGAGAGAUCAUCCCUGAGAAUGUGAUAUGGUUUAGGGCUCUAUUUAAUCAGAUAGCCGACAUAAAAUAAAAACUAAGAACUCCUUUAGCCGACAUCCACAGAGGUUGUUGGUGUUGGAGGUGGAACUGAGUUAGAGCUGUCCAAUCCACUAGCGGCUCCUGGCAUUAUACCUAAAGCGGACAUUGUCAUUGGCUGCACGGAGUCGCAUUAAGAGAAAUCCCAGUUGGAAACACUAUGAUGUGAGAUGUAAUCUACACCGAGAUUAGGCUGAUAGAAAUCCUCGUUAUUUUGUUGAAUGAUUUUCAAUUUGAGCGUCAUUAUUUCUAUAUAGGCUAGACUUUGUCGUUCUGAACUUCUAACGUGAGUGGCUUCAUGACAAUGAUCAAGAGCAGCUGCGCACCGAUUUGCCAGUUCCAAAGCAGUUACACCUCUGACAUCGCCAAAACAUCAGCUAUUUAAAAACAAAAUAUAUUUAACCUUUACGUUAACUAGGCAAGUCAGUUAAGAACAAAUUCUUAUUUACAAUGAUGGCCUACACCGGCCAAACCCGGACGACGCUGGGCCAAUUGUGCGCUGCCCUAUGGGACUCCCAAUCAUGGCCGGUUGUGAUACAGCCUGGAAUCGAACCACGGGGUCUGUAGUGACGCCUCAAGCACUGAGAUGCAGUGCCUUAGACCACUGCGCCACUCGGGAGCCAAAUGUGGGUGUCAGCUAUCACUGGUUAAUGCUUGAUCUGAUUGAAUCUAGGCCCUAGUCUCUCCCAGUUUCUUUGUAUCUUGUAGUCAAGACCAUUCUGCCUUCAUAGGGGUGGUUUGACACAUUGCAUCUUGUUUUCCUACAGGGCUGUGAAGUCCCUCUGUUUGAGAAGAGAGCGGUUACCAGACCCUUCAGUCUCAGCCGACUAGACCUGUCCUCUCCCACACAGGUAUGUAUACUGCUAUGAGAAGUCGUACUGCAUUCUAUUGUAUUAUGGGUUACAUAUCCAUACUGUACUCCAUAUUUGGUACAGAACCUUUUCUCUAUACCAAAUCUGUGAGAUGGGUAGCUAACCAGGAAGUGGGGGGAAAGAAAUCCUUAUAAUGUGCAUGCAUUUGUCCAUGCUAACCAGUUGACUUCCGUAACCGAACAAGGGUGCAUCUCAAUAGUCUAAAGCGGAUUCUCGAUCUGAAAACACAGGAUAGUGGAAAGCAACAUCGUAGACUUUGCUUUACCUAUCCAUUUCUUUCAGGUCAGUGUGUAGGUCAGGGGUCUCAAACUCGGGGGUGGGCCAAAUAUGGUACGUGAACAGAUUUAAUGCAGCCCGUGGUUUUGCUUAGUAAAUGAGCCCUGCAGUUGUCUCAGAGUUGAAGACCACAGCUUUAGACUAUUACGUGUAAACAUGACCCCUGACUCCUCCCCCUCUUGCGGUUGCAGGUGCCCACCCUGCUGCCCAGCUGGCUGGCGGCUUGGCCCGGCUCGGGUAGGGGGGGCUUAGCCGCCCAGAGGGCUAGCUCUCUGAUUGGCCGCUCCUUGCUCUCUGGGGUGGGUCUUGCUCAGGGGGCAGGGAUGGAAGGUUCCAGACUGACGGGUGUGUCCUGGUCUCCCCCCUCCCUCCAGGAUGACGACUCCACCAAUCACAGCAAUGCCCUGGAGCACCAGGAUCCCAUCGCCCUCGCCGUGGAGAUGGCGGCCGUCAAUCACAGCAUCCUCGCCCUGGCAACACAGGCAGGGGGAGGAUUGGCCCUGGGUGGGACAGAAAGUGACAUCAAAACAGAGGUGCUGGACAACGACUAGGGGGAGGAGAGGGAAAGGUGGAGAGGGAAAGGUGUCUAAUUCUGCGUUCAUAAUCAAGUGGGAAGGUUGUAAUUACCAGUUGUGAAGUCGUAAAAACGUGUUGGAUACUUUCACGUGCUUUGAACUCGUUGAGAAACGCUGAUUGCCUAAUGGUAAACAGGCUGCGUCAACCAUAAACUAUACGUACAACUAUAAUGCUUGUCAACAAAUUAUAGUGUUCAAAAAACAUAUUAAUAGAUAGCUUUUUAAAGUUAUGUUUUGUUGUUGCAUUUAACUGCCGAAAAUGCUGUUAUCAAAGUCAUUCCCUUAGUAGGUGACGUCAGAGUUCAGCAUGUGGGAGAAGUCGGAGCUCAGGAAUGAUAGACGAGUUUCCCACUAGCAACUACCACUCAGUCGUAUGUGGUAAAUACCACCUUCCCACUUGGUUAUGAACGCAGUAUGUGUUUGUGUGUGCGCGAGCAUGCGUGCGAGAAUACAAGAGGGAGUGGCUAUCGUAGAUUAGGAAAACAUUUGUUGGGAGCAAGUAGAGCUUGUUGGAAUGUUACACUGUAAACGAUGACCAAAAGUAAUGCAUAUGCUUAGAGACUGUCAAAGCUAAAGUAACAGGCAUCCCCUUACCUCUACCUCCCUAUUUCCUAGCCCCUAGUAACCCCUUUAGACUGUUCUAGGGGUAUUGUGUUGGGAGGCCUGGCCCUAAAGUUGUGUGUCUAUGAAACAGUCAUACAGUGUAUGUGAGGUAUAUUAUACUCUUGUCUGUGUGAGUCUAAAGAAUCAGAAUAGGUUAUUAUGGAACCCUGCACACCUCCCUCUGCAUUCUGAUUUUGGCACCUUCUCCCCAACGUGCACCAUACGCUAUUUGAUUCUCUUACUCCCUUGACUCCACUCUCACUCCAUCUUUCUUUUCCACCUCACCCAGACAUAUUCCUUCCUAACUCUCUCGCAUGAUCUAUUACACUGUCUGUUCACCCCUCCCUUCUCACUCUCAUCUGUCUGUCCCUUUUUACUUGUCUCCACCUCCAACUUCGCAGUAUAAGGGAGAGCGAGAGGGAGUGGUGAGGGUUUUCAACAGGCCUCUGUAGAAGCCUAUAUAAUCCCUCAAAUGUAUAAAUAUGUCCCCUUGUUGUAGCACUACCUAAACUGGAUAGGUUUAAAGCAAGUGAAAUCAGACUGUCGAUGUGCCCUUGAGCAAGGCACUUAACCCUAAUUGCUCUUGUAAGUCGCUCUGGAUAAGAGCGUCUGCUAAAUGACCAAUUAUUAUUAUUAUUAUUAUUAUAUUAUUGCUUACGAAUUAGAGAGAGAGAGAGAGUAGAUUGGAUGGGGAGAGGAGGGAUAAUCAUGCUAGCUAGUGAAAGGGGCCUUAUGUGGUUGUUAUGGGGUAACUAUAAGCAUAUUGAAGCUGUACCCAAAUCAUUUGUUUGUAGCUUUUAACCUUCAUUUAAGGCAACAUACUGAGGUGUUAUAAUCAUGUUUUUCAGUUGGGAAGAAAUGAGUUACUAUUUUAAGAUUGCCAAUCAAGGGUGCAUUGAAAAUGUCCCUAUCACAGGAGGCUGCUGAGGGGAGGAAGGCUCAUAAUAAUGGCUGGAAUGGAGUGAAUGGAAAGGUAUCAAACGCAUGGAAACCAUGGAAACCAUGUGUUUGAUACCAUUCAUUUCGUUCCAGCUAUUACUUUGAGCCCAUCCUCUCCAAUUAAGGUGCCACCGGCUGCCUGUCGUCCCUACUAUUCUUAGUACCGGAAGUAAUGCAAACACUUCUUUUUCUAUCCUUUAUAUAUCAUGCUUUAUAUGCCAUGACGUCUUCUAAACACAAGCUGUAAUCCAAGAUACUUGCUUUUAGAUUUAUUUUUAAAAGAGAAAAUACAGUCACUUUAUGGGUGUAGCUACCAUGGGGCUUGAGUUUCCUGCCCUCGUAGCUUAUUGGUCAUCCUGAGUGAUUGACAGACCAGGCAAGCAAUAGGAGGAAGAGAGACUGAUCUGCUGGCUGACACAGGUUCAAAGGUAAGAGGUCAAGGGUUAGGGGUUGUUUGGUGUUUCCACAAACACCUUCCCCCCCACCUCCUCUUCCCUAUAAGCUAUUUUCCCUCAACUCCCAGGUCGCUGCUUUUAAUGUGAAAUAAGUUAUGUAGAUGAAUAACCUUGUUUUUCUAACCUUAAAGGGGUAGUUCACCUUCAAAUUCAAGUUGACCAGACUCAAAAGUGGUUUUGUUGUGUAGGUUACUGUAUUAUGAUGAAAUCAGCAGACCUCAAUCCCAAACUACUGGAAACUGCCUCCUUGCCAGAUCUACACAACAGUCAUGGUGGGAUAUGGUCCCAGCUUAUCGUUAGACCACUUCUGAGCAGGGCUUGGAACCGGUUCAGGGAACAAACGAAAACAACAAACAUUUUCAAGAAACAGAAUCCGAACCGGUAACGAAAGUGAUCUAUACUGUUCCGGAACAGAACUGUUAUUUUAAAACCAUGGGAACCGGCUAAUAACGUUAUUUUACGUUCCGUUUUUUCUUCUCCUGUCCCACAAAAAAUGCAACAAACCGCCUAUGCAAAGCCCUCACUCUGUCAUGUAGAAUCUUAUUCCAGUGUCUGCCUCCCUGCCAGCUGAAAAUCUUUGCCGUUGUGCGUGUGUAGGCUACCUGCCCCUCCCCCUCCGAAGUAUUGUCUACUGUAGCCUACUGACGUCACAAGCGUGAUUCAGAAAUUAGGGAGAGAGAUUUUUUUAUUAGAGAAGAAUGGAUUAACCUUUAAUGCUAGUUUUGGAUACUAUAGUUAUCACGUUUCACAUUGGAUUUAUUAACUACGAAAAGGUAAGACGUGUUUUUAUUUUAAUUCUGGUGCCGCUCUGCACACACAAGCUUGUUAGCUAGCUCUGGUCCAACAUUAAGCCAACUCUCUGAAGUUCAAAGACAUUAAAAGUUCCUUCAUAGGAGCCGCUCCUUCGCAGGUGUAAUACUGUGGGCCUAAUUCAGAUAAUGCAUGUCAUAACAAGAUGCCCAGCGCUUCAAGCCAAGCCUCCUCUUCCACCCUCUCUCUCUCCCCACUUGAUUUCAGAGGUUUAAAAAAACAAAAACAGAAAGGAACAACAUAAACCAUUACUUAGUUCAAACCGGUUCAGAACUUUAUUGUGCAUGUCAGAACGGAAUUUAAAUAAAUUAUGGUUCUGUUCAGAAUGAAACUAAUGAUUUCGGCUCCAACCCCUGCUUCUGAGGUAUUGAGAUAUUUGGCAAACAGUCUCUCGUGACAUACUGUUAGCUGACCAAGUUGCAGAGAUUAGACUCAAGUUUAUGUUUGGGUGAACUGUCCCUUUAAGUAGUCCAAAAUGUAUUAAAUGACAGCCAAGCUGACCUGAUGACGGUUUCUGCUGCUUCAGAGCUUGUGA